GACAUUAACUAUGAACAUGAUCCACUAACCGUUGACAACCAGAAAGUGUUCACAUAUUUUUACAGUUUAUAUUGUGUUAUCAUUUUAAAACCAAACAAACGUAUUUUUUGCUUGAAAAGUGUGCUUACGCAAACUUUCAUUAAAAUAAAUGGUAUUUGCAUUGAUAUUCUGUGAUAUAAUGCAAUACAUUCAUACGUCCCCAAAUACUUAUUUGUGCCACAGUACAUUUGGAGAAAUUAUGACAUGAUGCUUUGUCCGUCUGCCCUCUUUCUGAAGGUUCGCUGGCUCUACUGUGAAAAGGUUUUAUGCAAAGUUUCCAGGAACCAUGUGACUUCCAGUCUAGUGCUGUAGAGGUUUCUUAAAACCACAUCACACAUUACUAAUUAGGCAGUGCAAGAGAGAGAGAGCGAAAGAGUAAGAGUGAGAAGUAGAGAGAGAGAAAGAAAGCGUGCUAGAGCUGCUGUAUCUACUCAUUCGUCAGUGGACAGUGAUUAGUUCAGUUCUCUCUGCUGAGCACAUGCAGUCUUACAUACCCUGAGACAGAUAGAUAGAUAGACUGAAAUUCAGAGACAGACGCUGAAGGAGGUCAGAGGUUUCACAGGGACUGAAGUGGCAUGGCACAGGGCUCUGACAAUAACGAUACCAGCUACACCAAAUCCCCAUCACCCGGCAAUAAACAGGGUUCAACGGAUGAUGUGAGGAAGGUGAUGAGGAGAGAAAAGAACCGGAUCGCGGCGCAAAAGAGCCGAAUGCGACAAACUCAGAAAGCAGACAGCCUGCACCUGGAGAGUGAAAAUUUGGAGAAGGAAAACGCAGCGCUCAGGAAAGAGGUGAAAAGACUCACAGAGGAGGCCAAAUAUCUAUCCACGGUCUUGAGCAACCACGAGCCGCUGUGCACAGGCCUGAGCGGCGCUUCCACGGAGCUGCUGUACAGCCCGCACCACGGCGCGUUUCACCAGCAUAUCAGCGUGCCGCACUACCCGCUCUGACCGGCAGAGGCCGCCAGAGUCCUGCGCGGAAUCCGCCUAUGAAAGGCAGUCACUGAACUUUGGUUGAGUCAUAAAUCACGUAAAUAAUCAUCAGCGGGCAUUGCAGUGAUCUUGAAAUCAACUACGGAGGAUUGACUAUCAGAGAAAUAAAACAAAAGCCUCUAAAUAUAAGAUUUUUGGUGACAAUGAUCUCAUUUGUAAUAUAUAUAUAUAUAUAUAUGAUAGAUUUUUGUCUUAAAGUUAAUGAACUCCUGCUCCUUGAACAAAACUCAACGCAAUUUUUUAAGUAUAAAUGACAUGUCUGUAAAAUGCAAGCAUCUUAUCUAUAGUGUGCAACAUAGGCUACUUGCAAAGAUGCAUGCCAAUGACACAAUGAAUGUUUUAAACUUUAGAUUUCAUUAGAUGACAAGUCUGAUUCAUAUGAUCAUUUAGUUUAUUAUAUUUCUGUGAAAUGUUAAAUAAAUAACUGGACAAGGUUCUAACAAGAAAAUUAUGUUCAUUGUGUAUCCUGUUGACAAAUAUUGUGUGCGAAUGUUUUUCUAUAUGACUCAUUUAAGAUAUUGAAUUUAUCAAAUUUUCUCACUAUUUCUGUUCUAAACUCUUUGGUACCCUAAAGGCACCAAUA